AUGGUUUUUUCCAUUUUCUUCAUUAUCUGGCUAGGAGUUGCAUUUCGAGUCCUUCCCUCUACAUUGAACACUGAGAUAUGGUUGAGGAAGAAGACUAAUAUAUCAAUAGACUCAAUACCAGAACUGCCUUGUAUAAUACUUAUGGAUAUUUUAUCCAGACUUCCCAUUACAAGCAUCCUUCAAUAUAAGUGCGUUUGUAAGACCUGGUUCAAUAUAAUCUCAGACCCUUAUUUCGCUAAGCUGCACUUUGCAAGAGCACCCGUCAGCCUUCUUUUCAGCAACACAGCUGAUUUAAGUAUCUUAGAUAAGAGAUUGUAUGUGCUUGAGCUUGAAGGUUGGGACACACAUGAUUCUUUUGCUCCGUUGAAACAAUUGCCAAGAGAGAUUAACCAUCUAGGUGGGGUACUGCAAUUUCAAUCUUCCUGCAAUGGCUUGUUGUGCAUCAGUGCAGUUUGUCGCAGGAAACCUGUUACGUAUGUGUGUAAUGUAAUUACAGGAGAGUACAUGGCCCUUCCACAACCCAAGAAUGAUGGAUUCAAAAGAAGAAUACUGGGGUUUUGUUUCAGCCAAACCACUAAUCGAUACAAGCUGAUUCAAGAAAUUUGUGAUAAUAGGUGGUCUUUUGCUACACAGGAGCAUCAAUCGCAUCAGAUUGAGGUAUGCACACUUGGUACAAAGAAAUGGAGAAAUAUUGGAGAUUUCCCAUAUUCAUUUCCUAAAUCAGAAUACCAAAGUUUUUGUGACUCCUUGAAUGGUGCUCUGCAUUGGUUGGUUCAGCCUCAUAACAAUACCACAUUCAUAUGUCAUUUUGACAUUGAGAAUGAGCAAUUUAAACCAUUUCCCGGACUCCCUGUUCAAGACCUUUCGAGGGUUAGGCAUAUGCAUUUGGGAGUGUCAGGAGGUUUCCUCUAUUUAUGUGAGAAAUUUUUGACUUCUUAUUCUGUUGAAAUUUGGGUUAUGAAGGAUUAUGGUGUCAAACAGUCUUGGACGAAAGAGUUUGUUAUCUCUAAUGCGGAAUGGACUAAUUCAAUAUGGAAUCGUGGACCUGUACAGAUUUUGAACUAUGGUCUAUACACAAAAAUGGAAACAAUGGAAGGUGCUGAAUUAUACAUUUUGCAUAAUUCUGAGUUGUCUGCCUAUAAUGCCAAAAGACAUGAGCGGAAAAUUCAGGUUUGUGGUAUUGAUCCAUUCCACUUUGUGAUUCCUUACGUACCAAGCCUUGUUACACUCAAGGAAGCUGUGAUUGGGGAAAGUUCACAGCUCAUCAAGACCAUCCAAUCUCUUGAAGUGAGUAGACUAUAUUCCUUGUUGAUUUCAGUGACUGAUAAACUUGAUUCAGCGUUGUGUAAGCUGGCUUACCUGCUUUUUUUUAUGGGUGCUACGCCGGGAAUUAAACUGAAGCCUAAUCCUUGGUUCAUAAAAAAUUACAUUUGCCGUUUAAAACAAAGAUGACAAGAAAAUAUGCAAACCGGAA